AUGGAGGCGCUGCGGGCGGCGGGGCGCGCCGUGCUGCGGAGCCCGCGCCUCGCCCGACACGGCCUGGGGCUCCGCCGGCGGCGCAAGCUUCCUGAGAGCUGGGCUGAUAUGCAGGAGCCACUGCUUGAGGGAAUGUGCUUCACACUCAAGUAUCUAGGCAUGACGCUGGUAGAAAAGCCCAAAGGAGAAGACAUGGCUGCUGCUGCCAUCCGCCGGAUCGUUGCCACAGCACGGGUGGGAGCUCGCAAGUUCCAGAAGGUGAUUCUGACAGUGUCUCCGAGGGGCAUCUCGCUGCAGGAUGCAGACACAAAGGAGAUGGUUGAGAACAUCUCUAUCUACAGGAUCUCCUACUGCACAACAGACAAGCUGCAGAACAAAGUCUUCGCUUAUGUUGCCCAAAGCCAGGAGAGUGGGGCACUGGAGUGCCAUGCCUUCCUCUCACCCAAGAAGAAGAUUGCCCAGGCUGUGACUUUGACCGUGGCCCAGGCCUUCCAGAUGGCACUGGAUCUCUGGGAAGCAGCACAUGCAGGCUCUAGGCAGGAACAGCCCCUUCACCCUUCAUGUGUCUUGGAAAGCAGUGAGCCCGGCAGACCAAGUGAGCCAGCCCCCCCGGGGAGCCCUCCCUUCAGACACCAGUUUGGGGUACAGUAUGAGGACGAGGAGGAGGAAGAUGAUAACGGUGAAACCUUAUCUGGAGCCAGCGCCUCUUGUGCCCAGAGCAAGCUCUCCUACCGAACAGCUACUGUGCUACCGCUUGGGGCAACCCCCAGACAGCUGGAAGGGGCUGGGAGGGGUUGGAGACCUCCCCACAGCCGGCCCCAGGACUGCUGGUCCCAAGACUCCGCUGGGCUAAGCCAAAUCUCUGCAGCAAUGGACCAGCCACUCAGGAUUCACCCUGUGCCUGCACCCGGCCCAGACAGUGCCCCUGCCCCUGGCGCUGCCCACUAGGCACGGGGCCUGCUGGCACCUCUGCCAUGCAGUGCACAGACUGCGACACCUGCUCCUUGUCCUGCUCUCCGCCUGCAUGAACCGCCUCCAACUGCAGCUGCUCCCUGCUCCCAGCUUGGGCUGGUGGACUGGUGCUCCUCGCUCUGCCCACUCCCAGCGCAUGCAGAGCCACCCCACCUUCUCUGAGCCUGCAGGAUGCAGCCAGUGCCCCUGGGGGCUGCACUGUGCCUGACCUGUCUCGUUUCUUUCUCCUGUGUUGUGCCCUGUGGUGGCAGUUGGGGACCAGCUGAGGCUGAGCAGCCCCCUGGAGAUGGUGGAGGACUUGCUCCGCACGUGUGACCCUCAGGGAGCGAUAGCUCUUGGCCUGGAGGAGUGAGUGAGGAAGGCCUUGCCCCUGCAGUUCAGCCCCAUACCCUCUCACGAGUGA